CGAUAAUACUGCUAAUGUAACGAGAUCUUUUUAGAAAGGUGGCAGCUCUAGUAACACGAGUGUAAGAUAUAAACAUCAAUAAAGGCGGGAUCUCUUGCUUUUAUGAAUAUAUAGAUUUUGAUAUGGUUAAAAGUGCAACACGAUCCGCAAAACCCAAGGUUGACCCCGAUGCGGCGCCACAGCAACAAAAAGUGUGUAGCAUCAAGAAAGUGUUCUACAUAUCCGAAAAGUUACUCAACAUAGAAGGCGAUCAGCGAAUGUGCCUGGAGCGAUUCUAUCAUCCUGGCAAAGGGCAACCGGCCUUGUUUAUAACGCAGGACCGGGAAGUAAUGGAGGUGCUGGAGUACGCAGAGCCACGACGCAGCUGGUUACUAAAUAAUGAAGUCUGCUCCAAUGGACGCACAUACAUGACGACGCCAAUAGAUCCAACGUUUCUUGCACUGUACCAUCUCCGAAAACACUGCACCCAGCGUGCAAUGUCGCUAGACAGCAUUAGUGUAGACGAGGCUAAUGGCAGCACAAAUCGUCUUCUAACCAAAUUCAUAAACGCUGAGAGUCUGAAGUGCGUGGCCGAUGUGAAGACCUCUGGUGAGCUAAUCUUCUACAAAUACAACAAAGAUCGGACGUUAGCGUGGCUUGCUCUGAAGACACGACAAGUUGUGUCCGUGCUCAAGGCAAAGCAAGUGCACUGCGGACUGGGCGCCAAGUCGCAGAAUUAUGUGCGCAGCGAAAAGAUUGUUGACGAGAAUGAUGUUAAGGAAACGGAUUACAUGCGCAUGGCUUGUGACUACGUGGGUCGCUACUUGGAUGCGGGCUUGCAUGAUGAAUUAACGCGUUAUCUGGAAAUACCAAGCGAGAUCCAGGCGCUAGUCGAGGAAAGUGCCACGGCAAAGAAGCGAAAAUCUCAGCAAGGCCAAGCAACUGCGAAUAGUAAGAAAAUAAAACUCGCCAAUGGUGAAGAUGUUGGAACGCAGUUAAGGAAUAGCAGCCUGCUGGACAGUGAUGAUAAUAAGGAGAGUAUCACUUCACCACCAAUUACACCUGCACCGCUUAAGGAGCGCAGCCUGACGGCUAAGGAGAAGAGUCUGGCUAAAGGCGCCAAGGGUAGCAAAAGUAUUGCAUCCUUCUUCAAAGUCAAAUAAGUAUUUUAAGUAUUUAAAUUUAGUUAUGAAUAAGUUUAUUUCAAAGCAUUUGUUCAACAUACCCCAUCAACUUUUAUUUAUAUAAACAAACGAUUUUUUAGCAGUUCACUGACUUUCUGUCUGCAGCUUUGGCGCAUAACUUCUUGUCAAUUGACUUGUUUAAUGUUUUUUUAACAUGUCUGGCUCGGCACUACCAACAAAUUGGGUAAACAAGACGCCUUAACUGUCACGGGCAACAAAAUAAUUACGAUUGUUUACAUAGCUCUGAAUGUCUUUUAUCGGGCGGGGCUUCUGAGAGUCAAGUAACUGGCAAUGCGAUACCCUUGAAUUGGAUCAAAUCUCUGCUUCCCAUGACAUAUAUGAACUUAAUUUGAUUUUUAAGAACUUUCUGCUACACGCUCUUCAAGGAGCAGAGCCUUUAGAAGUGUUUAGUGUUGCCCUGCUGUCAUAUGAAAUUUGAUUACAAAGCGCUUCAAUUGCAGCCCUGG